AUGCCCAAUGGCGCGGCCGCAGCCGAGGGGAAUUCGGCGACUGGAGAAGAGGAGGACGAGGACGAGAUGCUCCUCGAUACCUUCGAAGACAAGCGGGCGCGAGAGGCCCAAACUCAUCAAGAAGACGACGAUGACGACGAGGACGACGACGAGGACAACGAGGACGAUGACGAUGAUGACGAAGACGAUAGCGCCAUCUUUAUCUCGGCCAGGAGAGUGGCCUAG